AUGGGGCGCGCUUCCGUGGCCUCCCGCGUGCAGGGCUGGAACACGCAGCUCAUGGACUACGCCACGGCGGGCUACUACAGCCAGACGGACGACCGCCACCCCGUCCUCGCCGUCGCCCAGCCUUUUUUGAAGCCCGACGCGGUGGAAGUUGUCCAGAAAGAGCAGACAGGGUGGGGAUGGGGGACCGAGGUGAUCGGCAGCCCGCUACCGCUGCUGCGGACGGUCACGAGCACCGAGGUCGCCUACCCGUUUUUCCUCUUGCCCGCCUUCGCGACGCCGGCGCCUCAGUGCUUCCGGGGCUUCCCGGAUCAGGGGACAGGCCCCGCGCUGCGGAAUCCGAACCGAAGCGCGAAUGGUCUAGAGGAGUUCUGCGUCCGUGGCGGGUUGCUGCGCCGUCAGGCGUCAUCCUCUAAAGGGGGAACGGCUGGGCCACCAUGGUUUGCCGCCGAGCUGCAGGUGGAAACAUCAGAGAAACGCAUGUGGUGUGUUCCCUCGGAGUGCAAAACUUUUGCUGAAACGAAUGGUACGGCAGAUACCACCGUAGGGGAUACAUCGUUCAUUUUUUUUGUGUGCUUUAGUACUGAAUAA